CUCUGUUCCUUUGCUUCCUGUCCAUGUUCCUGCUACACUGACAUUGAAAUGCAUUGGGAUAAAACCUACAUUGCUACAUUGAAAUGAACAGUACGAUAAAGGGAGGAUACCAUCUAACAUUAAAAAAGACAUAUUUAGAAGUACAGCUGGGAUUAAACCAAGAUACAAUGCUGGUGAAAACUCUUUUUUUAACUUAGCGAAGACUUGACUAUAGAUCCUUUAUUUUUAACAAAGAGAUUCUCAAAUACACAGCAGCAGCAGCAGGAUGAAAAUAGAUACCGUGACUGUGACACCAUCUAGUGGUGCUUCUCUACAGAAUGUGUGUGAUUGGCUUAAUUGUAUUAUUGUAUUACACUAUUAUGCAAUGCUGACCUGGCCUGUAACCUCUAUUAUAAUCUACUGUCAGAUAGUUACAUUGAUCUCAUCAGGACAGUUGUUUAAAUACUCAUGCAUGACGUGUGUGCUCAAAGUACAUUGAUACUUAAUUUGCCUUCUGUCAUUUUGGUCAUGAAAAAUGAUGCAUACAGUCCUGUGCAAAAGUUUUAGGCAGGUGUGAAAAAAUGCUCUAAACUAAGAAAUAUUCAAAAAUAUAGAUAAUGAUUGUUUAAUUUUUUUCAAUUUACAAAAUGCAGAGUGAGCGUGCAAAAGAAGAAUCUAAAUCACAUCAGUAUUCGGUGUUACUACCCUUUGCCUUCAAACCAGCAUCAAUUCUUAUAGGUACACUUGCAAGAAGUCAGGGGAUUUGUAGGAUCAUAGUCAGGCGUAUGAUCAACCAACAGGUACUAAUGCUCAUCAGUGUUACAUGUAGGUUGAAACAAAGUCAUGAACUGAAACAGAAACCGCUGUGUAGGAGGUUUAAAACUGGGUAAGGAACAGCCAAACUCUGCUUCCAAGGUGAGGUUGUGGAAGACAGUUUCAUGUCAACAAGAAACAAGGUAGUUAUAUUGCAUCAGCAAGGUGUCUCCCAGACCAAUAUUUCAAAGCAGACUGGUGUUUCAAGAUGUGCUGUUCGAGCUCUUUUGAAAAAGCGCAAAGAAACGUGCAACACUGAGGAUCGUAGACGCAGUGGUCACCCAAGGAAACUUAGUGCAACUGGUGAAAAACACAUCAAGCUUCCUUUUGAAAUCAAAAGAUGUCCAGCAGAAACCAGUGAGACCCAGCAGGUACACCUAUCUACUGUCCAGAGAGGUCUGGCCGGAAGUGGUCCUCAGAGUUGCAGCUAAAAAGCCAUAACUUGGAUAUGGAAACAAAGCCAAGCGACUCAACAAUGCACAAAAGCAUGAUGAUUCAAAGUUAAUGACACAUACAGCCGAUAGUUUGACAGACAUAUUGAAUUUCCCUUCGGGGAUAAAUUAAGUUCUUCUUAUUCUUAUAUAAAUACACAUUUCUCUAAAUAUAUGCCUCAAUUUACAUUUUCUAUGUUAUCAGUAGUUUUAUCUGCACAAAUAGAUAACAAAUAUUCUCAUUCAUAAUGAUUGAAAAAUAAGUAUAUUUCAUUGGAAAUCUUAAUUGAUUUUCACACUUUUCAAUAGGCUGUAAAAUAUCAGAGCAAUAAUAUCCGAAGGGUUCACUUUUUAAUGUUCUGUUUAAGAUCACAUUAAUUCGAACAACACAAACAAAACACAGAACAGCUAAUUACACAUCUUUUGAUUUUUUAACCGAUAAGCUAAAUGUCAUUUUCACACUGUUAUUUAUAAAACUAUCCUCUCACUAAACGUAGUCCAAUUAAGACAAGAGAACAAAAGUCCAGAGUAAGCCAAUAGUCCAAAUUACAACCUCCAACAUUGCAUGACAACAGCUGCCCAUCACCAGAGAUAUCAUGUCUUUAUCUUCUUGAGUGACUAAAGUUGUGCAGUCUAAAUCUGUCCAAUUGUCUUUAGGUGACACUUUCGGACUUCAGCAGGAACAGGUUAAGAUCACAGCACGUCACACAUCACACCACAAGCCACAUUUAGUUCUUCUGGGCGGAUACAUGCCCCUGCAUUUAGAGUCGUUAAAGAUGGACCACGCUAUCCAAUAGGACUAACGAUUGGCUGGGGAAACUCAGUGAUUGGCUCAAGUACCAAUACAACGCUUCCCAGUUUGUACCUCCCACAUGAGGUGACUAAAAGCUUAGUGUGAGCCUGAUUAGAUUUGAAGCUGGUGGGAACAGGAUGUUAACAGAGAGCACAACCCAAACAAAUGCAUGGACGUAGACCCUCUUCUGUAAGUAUUCUUAUUCUUUCUGUAAGAAAGCUUUAUGGAUUUUCAGUUUAGUCUGCAAAUAUAACAUUGAUUUAAUCAUUUAAUCAGUGAUGCUUCCAGCUGAGUGUCCCCUGAAUUUAAAGUGCUUCUAGUUGUGGACUUCUCUUUACUUUAACCUCCAUGUGCACUGUUUGGUUGUUGUAUUUUUGAACCCACACUGGCCUGUUAUCUGUGAUCUCUUCAUCAAAAUAAACAUAUUAGUUUUUAUAAAAGAGUCAUCUAAAGAUCAGUCUGUUGGAGGUUUGAUUUUGAUUUCAGAAGUUUUUAUGUUAUUUUGCAACAGCUUUUUGUUUCUGUUGGAGUUUUUUUUCACCCGUUAUUCUUUCAUGUCAUACUUUCUCUCCAAUUUUACUAAUACUGUUAUCACUUUAAUCAACAUAGAUAUUAAAAAAAAUGCAAUUUUACUACCAACACAAAACUUUAAAUGGAAUAAAACAAAAAACAGACAAACAAAAAGCGAUCACGUGUCUCUCAUGUAAAGCAAAGACAAACAUCUUUUAUAUCCAAGAUGUGACCGAGCUCACAACCUGCACAUUUGGUCCUGACAGCUGAUCUGGUCGUACGUCACUAACUGCUAGUAUGAGCUGUUGCAUUAACUUGUGAUUUCCGUCACUUUGUCAAAUAUAGAAAAGCAUCCUUAGUUAAACUUUGGGCACAUGGUAAUUACCUCACUAACUCCUACAGCCAAAACAAAAUGGGUCAGCUCGUUAACAUCCCUGAAAGCAGGCCGUACUAAAGUGACUUGACUUGAGCAGAUUACUCACCCUCAGCAGAUGCUCUGACAAAGGACUGGAGAUCUGCUGGGGUUUUUUUUAGCAUAUGGUCUGACUGUCUGAGACAUACCUGCUGCUUGUUUAUUGGAAAGCUAAUGGCUUUGCAAUACACAAUAAAACAAAAUGAAACCAUUCAUUGGGAAAAAUGCAAGAAAUUAUCAUGUUUGAGCUUAACUGCUGAUGAAAUCCUGUUUAUUAUGGUUCUGAUUGACUAUUGAUCGAAUAAAUUAAAGAUAAAAAGCACGCAACAGACUGGUAGCUUAGAGCUAUAGGUUCUGGGAUGGCAGAUAGAGACUUUUGGCAGGCUAGGUGUUGCCUGAUGUCUGACCACCUGUGAAAGUGUCUUAAGUCCACAGCAGACACCAGGUGUCCUUGUUGUGAACCUGGCCAUGACCCAGUGUUGAUUCAAGCUAUCAGCUGCAAUGAUGUGUGAAUGUUUAAAUCACAUUAACCAUCUGUCUGCAGGUACCAGUUCCAGAGAAAAUGGUGGCCGCUGUGCUCACCUUUCUCACUGCAAGUAAACAUGUUCAACUUGUUGAGCAACUGCUGCACCUGGGUCUCCAAAAUACAGGAGCCAAUCAGGUAAAAAUAAUACUUUAUCUUGAAUAUCAGUGCAAGAUACAUUUCAGAUACAUUUGGGAUAAAUUAAAAGGCAGUUUUAGAAGUUUUCUCACCAUCCGCUACUCCUCAGUUUCCCGUCCACCCAGGUUAAGAGUUUAGGUGUCUCUGUCACUCACUCAGUAUAUUUCUAUCUACAUAACAUCAAUCGCCUCUACUCAUCCCUCACACCAACAUCUACCAUUCUUGUUGCUACACCCUGCCUUGAUUACUGCGAAACCUUUCUUUUAGGUCUCUCUCUCAAGUCUGUCCACACACGUCACCUAAUUCAGGACUCUGGGGCUCAUAUCACUGACAGAACCCUCUCUAUUAAUCACCUCUCAAAAUCAAUACCACAUAGAUUUACAAAUUCUGCUCCUCACCUUUACAGCCAUCCAUAACCUGGAUUCUCAGUGUCACUCUGAAUUCCUGCACAACAAUACACCCACCUUCACUCUUGGGUCUUUUUCCAUUCACCUGACUGCACUACACCCCACUCAACCAUCAUGGGUCAAGAGUCUUUAGCCCCCUGCCCCUCAUCUCUGAAACUCUUCCUUUAUCAUUUAUAGAUCUGGACACACAACGCUUUUAAUUUUCAUGUUUUUCCAUUUUUUUAUCUGCCCUACAAGAGAAUCUUAAGAAUUUCAAAAGACAUCAACAAAUAAAUGUAUUAUAUUUCAUGUUUACUGUUAAUCAUAACUUACUGUCUCCCUGUUACUUUGGUGAAUUUCCUGCAGGAAAGCCACCGUUCUUGUGGUUGGUCUAGAUAGAGCAGGAAAAACAUCUUCCAUCAGAGGGAUGCUAAGAGGUAACUAGAAUUUAAAACAAACAAACAAACAAAAAAAAACAGUAAUGAAUUCACUUUUCUUUCUUUUUUAAACAUCCUAUUCUUUUUGUCUUUCAGUCCCUCAUGGUGUUGAAGCAGGACCAACCCAGGGCUGCAUCAGACAUGAGCUCAGGGUGGAGAACUACCUGGUCAACCUGCUGGAUGUUGGAGGGUCGGCAGAGUCAAGAGGAAUCUGGCGGGAGCUCUGCGGGGAAGCCCACGGGAUUAUCUUUGUGGUGGACUCCAGUGACAGGCAGAGGAUAAAGGAGGUCAAGGAGGUUCUGGCUGAGCUGCUGAAGCAACCCAGGGUGGCAGGCAAACCCCUAUUAGUGUAAUCAUAUUUUACUUCAUACACAGUCCUGCUUACAGUUAAAACAGCACCCUCUGGUGGCUGAUUUGCUUUAACUGUGAGUAACCCUGUCCUCUCCAGGCUUGCAAACAAACAGGAUAAAAUGAAUGCUCUGCUGGGAAGUGAGCUGAUCGAGAUCCUAUCACUGGAGAAUCUGGUCAACCAGAGUCGCUCUCUUUGCCAUAUCGUAAGUGAUGUUCCAAACUCUACGGAAAAUGUGACUAAAAAUCUCACAGCACUGAAACAAACCAGAGAUACAGUUACAGAUUGUUUCUUUCUCUUCCUCAGGAGCCUUGCUCAGCCUUCAUGGACCUGCGACGCUGGUCAGACAGAAAAACCUUGCGAGGCCUUCGCUGGUUGCUGCGUGCAAUCUGUCUGGACUACCCUGAGUUGUGUACUCGUGUGGCUCAGGACAGCAGGAGACCUUUGGAAGCAAGGGAGAAGGAGAAGAACUGGAAAACAGAGAAAAAUCGCAGAAAACCCAAAGGAGAACGGUACAAAAGCUUUUACUUGCAACUCUAUCAGACUCCUAUUGUGCAGAUCUAAGUAAACCUAUGCAUGACAUGUUAUAUUUAAAUGAUUCCUUACCUCAGAACCCGAUCCAGCAAGUCAGAUAUUCGACAAGUUCAUCGGCCAAAAGGAAGGGAGAAAAACCCCAAGAGUGAAGGAAAACUGCAACCUAUUCGAAGCAUGCUGCAAAAGGUUAGAGGCAACAACUGUCUCCCUUUACAAAUGUUGCAUUUUGAACAGCAUUAUCUUAGAAGUGGCACAUAUAUAGAGAGAGCUGACUUUUCUAGCAGAUUGCCAACCUGAUUAGAGUGAGCAGGACCUUGGUGAGAAGCAAGGGUUCUUGUUAAACUCUAAUUAUUGAUUCAGAUAUACUUUAAAUGACUAAAAAAUGAUAAUUUUCCUUCCACUGAAAAUAACUCUUCACAUCUACAGUUUGAGUUGUGUCCAUAGUAACUGUAGCUUUUUUAGUCUGCCAAAAAUGAGCAAACAGGCCUAUUACUAAACUAAACACUUCCAUAAUGGUGAAGUAAAACAAGACAAGCUUUUAGACUCUAUUCAUCACUUGUCACUGGGUGUGUUUCGACCUGUAUCCUUGGCAACAGUGUAUUCUCCAUAGCAACAGUCUUCUCUCAAGAUGUAUCAGACCUUUCUUGGAAUAUGAACCAAUCAGAAUCAAGAUUUUAACACUGAUGUAUAAUAUAACUCAAGUACAAACCCUGCUCUUUUUUUCAUCAACAGACAUUUUUCAGUCCCUUAUUUAAUAAAGUGCUAAAAAUGGUGACUGUUCUUCUCUGUUAAUAUUCCCAGGAAACAUCUAUCAAGAAGAAAUUGACGACUAAGAAAAAGAAGAAACCAGUUAAGGUCAAAGAAAGUGGAAAAGAUCAAGAAGCAGCUAUUGAUCAUGAUGAAGAAGAGGGUGACAGUAACGAAGGAGAGCAAGAAAACUUAGGUCACAGAGAGAAAGCCAACAGUGCCCUGAUCCCCCCCAAAAAAGACAAACCUAAACGUAAAUCAAAGGCGAAGGAGGAGACUGUGGAUGUGCCAGAAUCACCUGACAAUGAGGAGAAGCCACUUAAAGGUAGAAAUAAGUCAUUCAUUUCCUUUUAUUUUGGUUAUUAGCGGUUUAGGAGUUAAAAUCUCAAAUGUUUUCAUUUUUUUUCCCCAGCCAAAAGCGAAAAGAAGAGGAAGAAGAAAGUUGUCAAGGUAAAGAGGAAGAAUAAGAUCAACACAGAAGAGAUGUCUGGUGCUUAUUCUCAACCUGUGGACCUGUCUGCAACCUUUGGUGAGCCUCAUCCACUCCUUUCAUCUCAAAAUCCAACAACGUAACAAUAAAAUGACAGCUUUCAUUUUAAAAAAUGAUGACCCUUGUCUCCUGAUAGAUCUUUACCGAAAAGCAAUACUGGCUCUGAAGGAACGUCAGGAUCAGGGACAGGGGGAGUGAAAACCCUGGUGUGAGGAUGUGGUCAACAGCAGAAGUGUACUGGUCAAACUACAACCUUCCACUAACUUUUGUAACAUUUUUUGUGUACUUUUUCUGAUUUCUCCAUCUUAAUUCCUGUCUAUAGAUUUCGGACCUGACCCCUGAACCUUUGGAAUAAAUAUGAAUUCCACUGUGUAGUGAAGGGCAUGCCUUCAAAAAAAUCAUGUAAUGGCAGAAAUCUUAAUAAUAUAAAAUAAGAUACCAAUCUAAUUUAAGGUACAUUUAUAUAAAAAGUAGA